AUUGAAUACGCUGACACUUCGGAAAGAGAUUCGCUUUUAUCCCUUCUGACACCAAAACUCGAUCGUUCUCCUUCUGACGCGUUCAAGUUUUUCGAACUUCCACCAGAACUGCAGCUUCAAAUACUGCAUGAAUUGCCCUCACGUGAUUUGAACUCCUGUCGCCUUACUUGUCAGUGGAUGAAUAGGUUUAUCGUUCGCAAUUGGUGUCGGCUUCGUUCACGUGAGAUCGGAAGUGUUGAUUUCAUACCGGAUUGUCAAGAAGUAUGGGGUUUGUAUUAUGACUACUCUAGAAAGUUGUCAUGCUUUCAACAUUCGAUAAUGUCUCGGCUAGUCAUUUACUAUGGUAUAAUAUCAUCAUCGCUGUUGGUGUCACUAUCGAAAACACUGUCGGAUUUGCGGAUAUCUAUUAAAGCUUUAAUCAUCCAUAAUUGUGGGUGUGACUGUACAGUUGCCGAGUUCGUCAGCUUCAUCAAGUGCACAAAUGUGAAAGUGUUAGCUAUUGAUGUUUUCGAGAUGAAGGAUUUUGGGAAGUCGCUCGCAAAGGAAGAAGUGAUUCAAAGUCUGAAUUGCUCGCUUGUCUACGCAAACGGCGACGAUGUAAUUAGUGGGAUUGUGGUCAAUUCGUUCUAUGAGGGUUCCAUCGACCUUAGCGGGUUCUCAAGGCUUUUAACGGUGAGUGAUUUAGGGUGA